GCAACGCACUAACAUAGUAACUUUUCACCAAAGCACUUCUAAAUCUAAUCAUUCACAUGUUAGUCACCAAAACAUUAUCAAAAACAGGACAAAACAUAAAAACACAAGAUUUAAUUGUGGUUUGUUGAAACAUAGAAAAAAUGGCAGGAAUGCUUCCAGGAGUUGAAUCUGCUAGAAGGAGACAUGUCCAUAAAGGAGGUGGAUUUUCUGAUUCACCAUCUUUGACUUCUCAUAACACCUCAAGACGCUCUGGUUUCUGUUUGUAUGCAAGUAACCAUGAAUCUCGUCCUUCCUCUUUGUCUUCCUCUUCAAUGCAAAGAAAUACAAUAUUUUAUCAGACACACCAAGAUGAGAAUAUGGUUGGAGCAGCUAGAGAAGCCAAACAGAGAUUAGAUGACAAAUUCAGAUCACAAAGGGUAUCAGAAAACACAAGUACUAGGCAAAAUAACAUAAAGUGUGUGGAGGGUAGAAAAGAAAGCAUAGAAGAGUUACAAAUUGAGGUAUGUGGAUCAAGGAAAAGUGGUCCAAGGAAGUUCAGUUGGAGCAAAUUGAGCUGGAAAACAUCAGAAGAAGAUGAUUGUGCUGUGUGUUUGGAAUCAUUUAAGAUUGGUGAGAAAUUGAUUCCUCUCCCUUGUGCACACAAAUUCCAUUCCAAAUGUUUGAAACCUUGGUUACAAAAUAAUUCACACUGUCCAUGCUGUAGAACUACCAUUCUUUCCCUCUAGCUAGAUUUUACUACUUUUUUUCUUAUAUAUAUUGUCUAAAAUUUGUUGUACACUUGUUCAAUUAUUAAUAAAUUAAGGUAUUUUGGACUA